AUGGACACACCAGACCCUCCCCGCGGCCGCGGAAGAGGAAGAGGCUAUGGACGAGGCCGUGGCAAUAGUGAUAGAGCACCACGUUCUCAUACCAACGCAUCUCCAGUCCCACACAUAGCGCUCCUACACCCAGGAACACCCGUAUCGAUUGUUUUGAAAAUGGACCAGGGGAGUGGGAGGGGAGUGAAAGGGUUUGUGAGGGAACUUUUGACGAGGGGCGAUCAUCCGAGGGGGGUGAAGGUUAGGUUGAGGGAUGGAAGGGUGGGGAGGGUACAGGGGUUGUGUACUGAAGGGGAGGCGGAGGAGGGGGAGGGGGGGAUGAGGGGGUUGGGGAGGAAUGGGGAGGUGGGUGGAGGUGGUGAUGCGGGUGUAAGGGUGGGAGGUAUGAGAAGAGCAGGAGGAGGGGGAAGUGGAAACAUGUACUCGGAUUUUAGGACAGAUGGGUAUGAGGAAUCUUCCGCGGCGAGUAAUAGUGCAGGAGCUAGUUUGGAAGAUUAUAUUGUUGUGAAAGGGAAUCGGAAGGGGAAGAAAAAUACGGUUGAAGGAAAGAAAAACAGUGAGAGAGUCAUCAUGGAGCCAGAAGAAAGCGGUCAGAAUGACGAGGGAGAAGUAUUGGGAGAAAGAUCAACAGGAGAAGUCUUCAAAUCUGCAAUGAGUACAUGUCCUGUUUGUGGGAAGUUUGAGGGCGAUGAAAUGGCGGUUGCGCAUCAUGUUAAUGGUCAUUUCGAAUAA